AUGGUAUACUUUGGGAGAUCUUCUCUGCUGACCGCGUUGUUACUGUGGUCGUGGUUCGAGAACUGCGUUACCGGCGCAGACAACAACUACGACAAGAAUGACGUGACCAAAGAGGAGGACAAGCCUCACUCACGGCAGAAACGUCUGCUGUGGAUCACCUCGGACGGCCGCCUGGCCCUGCCACCAGGCACCGAGCUAACAAUAACGCCAUCUCUGUCCAUGCCAUUCGUCAGGUACCCGCCAGAAGGGUUCAUGUCCAACAUGAGCAUCAGCUUGCCGUUCACGAUCAACUUCGAUACUUUGGGGCUGACCGACAAUCAGAACCCGUUCGGCGCCUUCCCGCAAAUAUUGGCCAGGAGCAUGGGCAGACAGACUGGGUCGGCACUCGUCGACUAUGUGUCUCAACUUAUGCGCGGCCGGAGAUCGGCUAGAUCCCUUCCAACUUUACCCAAACCGAUACACUGGUACUUCCAUGGAGGUGAAAGAGCUCUGAUGUUCACCGUCGUCGAGGACAUGUUGACGAAUUUCGGAAUGGACGGCAAAGCGUGUCUGCUCCGAGCCAUAUGUGAAGUUCACGGGCACAAGUCCAUACACAAAUUUGGUUUCCUCGGCGAAUUUAUUCAACUGUUCUUCACGGCAAGUAAAUCGACAUACGCUGAUUUAUUGGACGAAUACGUGACUGCCGAAACCAUCGGAAAACAAAGCAAAGAAUGUUACCCUUACUUCAAGGAAUGUCCUAAGUCGUUGUUCACCAACAAUCAUAACUAUUCGGAAAACGAUCUUUCACCCGACGACGAGGACGAAGACGGUGAAUCGGUGUCGGCCAAUAACGAUGACGGAAACGAAAACGAGGUCGACGACGACCGGAAGAAGUCGUCGUCUGCAAGCAGUGGACCAAAAGUGGCGGUGAAACCGACACCGUUGGCCAUGUGA